CUAGCUAACCAACUCAACCAGAGCAGGCAGAAGAGUGUUAGCCAAUCAGAGGGAGAGUCGGGCGGGUCAUGCCUUUGCCACUUUGCCAUCAUCCUAGGAAAAGAAAAAAUGGCCACCUGACCCAGUUAGAAGAGUUAGACCAGACGCUAGAUGUUAGCAGCCUGCUAACAGCUAAACGUUUAAUUUAGCGUACGGUUAUUUCCAACUGACGUUAAAAUUAGUUACUGUACGUAAAUGUGUCGUAUUUCUACAUGAGUUCAGUAGGUGACUUAAACUCAGCCAACAUAUUGAUCGUGUCCCUUAAGUAUUUAUGUUUUAGUCAGUAAAAAAUAAUAAAACGCCAGGUUUAGUUUCGCCGGUUUUCACGUAGGGAGCUGCCCCAACCCGUGAUUGGAGGACGGCAUGCCACGUGUCUUUACUAUGCCACACGAGCACAUUUGAUUACCUGACAGGUUGCUCUGUAGGGCGGUUGAGGAGAAAUCUCUUAAAGGUUUCGACUGCAGCUGCUGAGUAACCUCCUGCAGAGUAAGCAGAGGUUGUCCACAGACUUGAACUUUUUAAUGCAUUGAGUUGGGACUACUUUUUUAACAACCACAAUGGCUUUGAGCUCAUUCGACAUUGAUGCGCCACGUUGGGAUCAGUCUACAUUUAUGGGCCGACUUAAACACUUCUUCAACAUCACAGACUGGCGAACGGCGCUCUUACCUGACUCACGCUUGGAUGAGGCCAAAGCUUUAGUGGAAAGCUGCAGGGCAGGAUCCAUCCCUCCCGGCACCACAGAGGAGCAGCUCCACUACGCUAAGAAGCUGUACGACUCGGCCUUCCACCCAGACACCGGAGACCGCAUGAACCUUAUCGGCCGCAUGUCCUUCCAGGUCCCUGGAGGCAUGGCCAUCACCGGCUGCAUGCUGCAGUUCUACAGGACAGUUCCUGCUGUGGUGUUCUGGCAGUGGGUGAAUCAGUCCUUCAACGCUCUUGUCAACUACACAAACCGUAACGCUGCCUCCCCCAUCACUCCCAAGCAGAUUGGAGUUGCCUACGUCACAGCAACCAGCACAGCAUUAGCAACCGCAGUCGGCCUUAACCUCUACACAAAGAAAGCUCCUCCUCUCGUGGCUCGCUGGGUCCCCUUUGCAGCAGUGGCAGCAGCCAACUGUGUUAACAUUCCUAUGAUGAGGCAACAGGAAAUUCUUAAUGGUAUUGCCGUCACGGAUGAAAAUGGCAACAAACUGGGCCACUCUAAGAAAGCAGCCGCAAAAGGCAUCACUCAGGUGGUCAUCUCUCGGAUCACCAUGGCUGCACCAGGAAUGAUCAUCCUCCCCAUCAUCAUGCAGAGGAUGGAAAAAUACAAGUUCAUGCAGAGAAUCACGUAUCUCCACGGACCAAUUCAAGUGAUGAUGGUGGGAGUGUUUUUGGUCUUCAUGGUGCCUGCUGCCUGCUCCCUGUUCCCUCAGAGAUGCUCUAUGGCCGCGUCGAAGCUGGAGCCUGAGCUGAGAGACGCCAUCGUGUCUCAAUACGGAGACGCUGUACAACGUGUCUACUUUAACAAAGGCCUCUGAGGCUGAGAGGGCUGAUUAGCAUUAUCUGUUCACCACACAAGCCUGAAUACAUAUGUGUUUAUGUAAUAAUGUUCAUCUUCGAAUUGUUAGUCAUGAUGAAAUACUUGUUUCCUUACAUCUCUCAAAUUGUUGCUUAUCUGUGGGAUGAUUUUGAUCAAUCGUGUCACUAUUUCUUUGUAUCUGUUUCUCUUUCUUUGGUUCAACAUAUGUCUGUUUUCUUACAUUAAACAGAUACAAGGGGCACUGUGUACUCCUGUUGAGAAACCCAAUGAUCUCCUCUCAGGAACAGCGCAUUACUUUGUCAGAUUAAAGCUCUGUUAGUUUGUCCUUCAUGGUGUGACUUGUCAGUAUUGUUUUCAUUGGCUGUUUGUUUGUGUCUCAAUGCCUUUUAAAUGGUGUCAUGCUCCUUCUGUUUGCCAAGCUUCCUUACAAUCUGUGCCUUCGAUAAAACGGGAGGAGCUGGAUUUUUUAUUUUUUUAAACCAAAAUUGGCUUUACUUCAAAAGCAGAAAAAUACUUCUAUGCGUGUAUUUAAACUUCUAAAAUGGCCAUUCAGUGUGUGUAUGGAAGUUUUGUGUGAUUAAAAGUGGAGGAUACUGCCCUCUUCUGCCA